GACACCGAGUUUGAGUCCACCCACUUGUCCGUAGUUAUAAUAACCAGACGCCAACUUGCAAACCCUAGAUAAACUGGGAGCCAUCCUAAACCCUAACACCCUCUCUUCGCCCAAAACCCUAAUCCAAAGCUCCUUUUUUUUUUGCCGCUUUUUUAUUUUUAUUUAUCCAUCUUUCCGUGAGCACGAUUCUGAGAGAAACCCUACUCGCACUGUAUUAAUCUCGCCGGAGCCCUCCGCUCUUCUCUUCCUCUCUAUCUCUUCGACUUAGGAGAUGGAGGCUCUGUGCAGAAGCGAGAGCAAUGGGCCUGCUAUUAUCUUCUCCAUGAUGGAACUCCUGGUGGCGGAGACCGUUUUGGCCGCUGAAAGGUCUCUCGUUUGGCUUCUUCUUGUGGCAAGCUCGUCAAGUGAAAUUGAUGCAUUGGGUAAAAGGCCAGAAGUAAUUUAUGGGGCACUUGGAAGAAGCAAGGCUGAGCGUGAACCUGAGAACAAGGAUGAUGGUGAAUCGGAUGAUGAUGAUGAGGAGGAUGAUGAUGAUGAUGAUGAUGGAGACGAUCAAGAUGACGUUGGGGAUCAAGAUCUCUCAGGUGAGGAGGGUAAUGAUAAUGAAGGAGACGAAGAUGAUGAUGACCCCGAGGCUAAUGGUGAAGGAGGUAGUGAAGAGGAGGAUGAUGAUGAUGAUGAAGAUGAUGAUGAGGAUGAUGAGGAUGAAGACGAAGAAGAUGAUGAAGAUGAAGAAGAGCUCCCACAGCCUCCUUCCAAGAAGAGGAAGUGAGGCAAGGUGAUGCUACAUUUAGUGCGUAUAGCACCUGUUUCAUUCGGAUAUCGUUUGUUGGUUAGAGGAUAGAAUUAUGGGGGGAGGGGGUGGGGGAGUUUAGUUUGUGGCAGGGGUCUAGGUUGUCUUAGGGUAGGAAAAAGAGGAGUGACUGGUUGUGAAUGAACUCUUAAAAUUUUCUUCCUUUAUGUGUUUUACCCCUGAAAUAUCAUAUUGCUGCUGGACAUUUGAUGUAUUCCAA